GCGUCACGGUAUCACAAUUUUAGUUGAACUUUUGGGAUGCUAUGGUGAAGUAGUGUCGCGCGCUGUAAUUUUCUUACGUGUUUAAACUCGUAAAACCAGAACUUUUAUUAUAGUGUAAAAACCUUUUUAACAAUAUCAAAACUUAUAAGUGUUCCAUCCCAUUGUUUAUGUGCACCGUAUUAGUAAUAUAAUAAAAAAGAAAUCAUUUUAAACUAAGUUUCUAGUAGUGUUAAAUUAUGCCCAACAACAUGUUGAAACUUUUAGUCCAUAGUGUGCUCAUUUUUUUUGCUAUUAAUACUAUAGAUGCUCUAAAAGAGAAUUGCAACAAGGAAGAGGAUUUGCAGCAGAGAUGUUCAAUGCCUUUGCCAGUUCUCAGUUCACCUGAGAUAUCGUUUGCACUGACUAGAGAAGAAUUAGACAAGAGUUGUGUAGAGCUUCGAGCGGGCAUCAAAUGCAUUGACAACUAUACCGCUGUUUGUAUGGAGAAGAACGAACAGGUUGUGUUCAGACGGAUAUACGCUGGCAUAACUGACGUAGUACAGGAGCUAUGUGCAAGAGGACCGUACCAAGAUGAAUAUUUGAGGCAUGCGGAUUGCGUGAAGAACGUACGCUCGGAAUAUGAAGUGUGCAGCAAGAAGUAUGAGGUUACAUUAACUACGCUAAGCAGUCAUAAGAACGACCAAUACCAUACCGACCAUAACGAAAUGGUGGAUCAUGAACACCAUUUAAGGACUGUCUGUUGUUCAUUCCAAGAGUACCUGAUGUGCUCAGAACAAACGGUGCAGAGGUCGUGCGGUGAUGAAGCCGCCUUGUUCACAAGCGCCUUCCUCAAAAGAAUGGCUUCCAAUAUUAUCAAGAACUUCUGCCUUGAAUACAGCGGUCGUGAAUGUGGGUUGCCAGGUAAAGCGGACAGUAACGCUGCAUCACCAAUUAUCCUUGCAAUAUUAGCACAAAUCGCGUAUAUAUCUGGCAAUUUAGUACCAGCGUAGUUACCUUAGUUUAUUUAAAUGGAAGACAUCUUAAAUUAGAACGUCUGUAGAAACGUGGUCGUGUCCGAAGUUUGCGACUAUUGCAGCGUUUAAUGCAUUGUAAAUAUUUUAUCAGGCUACUGACUAAUUCCUGAGUAAGAUUUAUCCUACGGAAGUCUCUGAAUUAUUUAAACGUUAUAAUCUAGUAUGUUAUGCAUGUUAAACAUCACAUUGGUCUGAAAAUAUUAUUUCAGAGUUCAAAUCAUAGAAGAUAUUCAGUUUUUCUUAUUGAUAUAGGCAUAAUAUGAGGAGAGAAAUCUUUUAAUGUUAAAUAACGCCCCUUCCACUCAAUCUUACAACCUUUUUGGUUUAGAAUUUAAAAGAGAUGAGGAAUGGGAUAUUCGAGCCAAUCAUAGGAAAUACAGAGAUAGGAAAUCUUCAUUCCUAUAAGAUUUUAUUCUUUAGUAAUCGGUCUAUUAAAAAUAGCAGCUAUUAUUAAAAUAUAAUUAUUUGCCUGUGUAUAAAUAGAUUCACGUUAUGUUGCGGAGAUGUUAUUUUACUGUAAAAAAGACGUAGACGGUAUUGUCAGAGGAAUGAAUGUUCCAUGAAAUAUUUUUUUUUUUAUAAUAAGUUGGCAAACGAGCGAGCGGCCACCUGAAAUCACUGAUAGCGAAGUGAC